AACACGCCUACAGGGAGUCCUAAUAUGCCGCAUUUGGGGUCACAGGCCGUGGGCCAUACCGGUCCUCUGAGUGGGUGCGUUACGGACUGCGCCAUCGCAUACUCAGUGAUGGCUGGGCCUGACAGGCGCAUGAGCAACACUUGGGCUCAACCCCGUGUGGAGAUUGUGGGCUACAACAACACGGAGGCACUCCGAGGCAAGAGACUGGGCGUGUACAGACCCUUUUUCGAGCACUGUGACGAUCAGAUCGCCAAGAGUUGCAAUGAGACUGUGCAGAAACUGGUGCAGAACUACGGGUGCGAAGUUGUGGAAAUCCGCAUACCGCGACUGGAUGAGUUGAAGACGGCGCAUUUCAUUACUAUCUGCACCGAGUCGUUGCUGGGCACGCACCAAAUGAAGCCCGAGGAUCAAGGCAACCUACAGCCAUCUGUACGCUCCGUAUUCGGACUGGCUAAGAACUUCACGGCCGACGACGUUGCGCGUGCCAUGCGUCUGCGGACGUACUUUAUGAAGUACAUGAACGAGCACGUGUUCACGGAGUGUGAUGUGGUUGUCACCCCCACCACCGGCGAGGUGGCGGGGCCUGUGCUGGGGUAUCCACAUGGUGAAGAUAUCCUGGAUGGCGAGUUGACGGGCCGCAUUAUGCGGUUCGCGCAGAUUGGCAACUUCACGGGCAUCCCGGCCAUCACAGUACCCGCCAGCUACACAGACGAAGGACUUCCCAUUGGGAUUCAGUUUAUGAGCAAGUGGUGGGAUGAGCUCACACUGUUCCAAAUGGCCUCUGCGGUGGAGAUCGAGUGCGAAAAAAGGAAACCUGAGCUAUACAUGCCAGUGCUUAAACAGUAGUUUGCUUUAGUAAACCAAAGGCAAACUUGAGGAAACCUGAGCUAUACAUUUCAGUGCUUGAACAGUAGUAUGCUCUGGUAAACCAAAGGCAACCUUGAAGAAAUCUGAGCUAUACAUCCCAGUGCUUAAACGGUGGUACAUAUGCGAUUGUAAAGCAGGGCUUUGAACACACUUGGAACCGAAAUCACCAGAGCUUACAGGCUAAGCUACAUGUCUAGAUCAACCAGAAACAAUAAAUAUAACUAUUAUGAAGCUCUG